CUUUUUUGACAACUGUAUAUCAACAGACUCAUGUCAAAUAAACCAAAUGGUAAAUGUUUUUCUCACCAAUGGAAUCACUUUCUUCGAGAAUCGUUGUAGUGGCAGUCUUCGUUACUAUAGCAACUGGGCUGAUAUGUCAGUUUCCGCACUGUGAAACGGUCAAAUGUCAGGCCAUCAACAACUGUACCGGAAGUGUCCGAGAGAGAGGCGGUGGGUACUGCGGAUGUUGCCCAGCGUGCUUUACGACCCUAGGCCAAAACGAGGACUGUGAAUGGGCAGACCCGUACGUUGCCGUUAUCCAGCCCGUGACCGCUCUGUGCGAUACCGGAUUGUACUGCGAGCUUAACUCGAGCACGUGCCAACCGGUAGUUGGCUUCGGAUAGGUUCGGACACUAGCCUUGCGAUGCUACCUCGAAUAACUUGAUAUUUGUGUGUGCUUUUGUCGUUGAAAUAAAAACUCACCCAAUGUUA